GGAGGCCUUGCGGGUGGAUCGGGCGCUUGGCGGCGGAGGUGGUGGGAGGCGGCGGGCAGGAGCGCGGGUCCGUCCGGCCCUGGCGAUGGCGGACGCGGCGGCCUCCCCGGUGGGCAAGCGGCUGUUGCUUCUGUUCGCGGACCCUACGGCCUCAGCUUCGGCCUCAGCCCCCACGGCGGCGGCGGCAGUGAGCGGAGAUCCUGGGCCUGCGCUGCGCACUCGGGCCUGGAGGGCCGGCACGGUGCGGGCCAUGAGCGGGGCGGUGCCCCAGGACCUAGCGAUCUUUGUAGAGUUUGAUGGCUGUAACUGGAAGCAGCACUCCUGGGUUAAGGUUCACGCUGAAGAAGUGCUUGCACUUCUGCUGGAAGGCUCACUUGUUUGGGCUCCCCGGAAGGACCCCGUCCUCCUACAGGGCGCCCGAGUCCCAGUCGCACAGUGGCCAGCCCUGACUUUCACCCCCCUAGUAGAUAAGCUGGGUCUGGGGUCUGUGGUGCCAGUUGAAUACCUUGUGGACCGAGAGCUUCGCUUCCUGUCGGAUGCUAGUGGGCUGCAUCUGUUCCAGAUGGGAACAGAUGUUCAAAACCAGAUUCUUUUAGAACAUGCUGCAUUAAGAGAAACAGUUAAUGCUUUGAUCAGUGAUCAAAAGCUACAAGAGAUUUUCAGCCGAGGUCCCUACAGUGUCCAGGGCCAUAGAGUCAAGGUCUACCAACCCGAAGGAGAGGAAGUGUGGCUCUGUGGAGUUGUGAGCCGUCAGGACUCGGUUACCCGUCUCAUGGAAGUGUCUAUAACUGAGACUGGAGAGGUGAAGUCUGUAGAUCCCCGGCUCACCCAUGUGAUGCUGACGGACCAUUCGACACCACAGAGUGAGGGGGGUACCAUAAAAGCAGUAAAAUCUUCCAAAGGAAAGAAGAAGAGAGAGAGCAUAGAGGGGAGAGAUGGCCGGAGGAGGAAAAGUGCUUCGGACUCUGGGUGUGACCCUGCUACAAAGAAAUUAAAAGGAGACAGGGGUGACGUAGACAGGAAUGGGAGUGAUGGGGGCGAGGCAAGCCGAGGGCCCUGGAGAGGAGGUAACGCCAGUGCAGAGCCAGGGCUGGAGCCCAGAGCCGCGCAGCCGCCAUCUGCAUUUGUGCCCCCGAUUAACCGCAACAUCCGCUUUGCCACUUACACCAAAGAAAACGGCAGAACUCUGGUGGUACAGGAUGAGCCUGUAGGUGGGGACGCGCCUGUACCUUUCACUCCAUGUGCUGCAGCCGCAGGUCAGACACCUUUGGCCCCAGAGGUGGGUGGAGCUGAAAACAAAGGGGCAGGAAAAACACUGGACCAAGGUAGCCAGGGCUUGGUGGCUUCAGCAGCUGUAGUCACCACCGCCAGCUCCACCCCAACCACGGUGAGGAUCUCAGACACUGGCCUUGCAUCAGGGACUGGGCCGGACAAACAGAAAGGCAGCUGGUCGCAGGCCUCAGGAGAGAAUUCAAGAAAUUCUAGUCUGGCCUCUUCUGGAUUUGGAGUGUCUCUUUCAAGUUUGUCACAACCAUUGACUUUUGGAAGUGGACGGAGCCCAUCUAAUGGAGUGUUAGCCACGGAUAACAAGCCUUUGGGCUUCUCUUUCAGCUGCAGCUCUGCAUCAGAGUCUCAGAAGGACUCAGAUCUCUCCAAGAACUUGUUUUUUCAAUGCAUGUCCCACAAUUUACCCAGCAGUAACUACUUCGGCACGGUGUCAGAGAGUGUGGCUGAUGACUCCUCUAGCAGGGAUUCGUUCAAACAGAGCCUCGAGAGCCUGAGCUCAGGCCUGUGUAAAGGCAGAUCUGUCCUUGGUGCAGAUACUCCGCCAGGCCCCAAGGCCGGCAGCUCUGUGGACCGAAAAGUGCCUGCAGAGUCCAUGCCCACCCUUACUCCAGCCUUCCCACGGAGUCUCCUAAACACCCGUACCCCAGAGAAUCAUGAAAAUCUAUUUUUACAGCCCCCUAAACUAUCCCGAGAAGAGCCGUCCAACCCUUUCCUGGCGUUUGUGGAGAAGGUUGAGCACAGCCCUUUCAGCAGCUUCGUGUCUCAGGCAUCAGGUAGCGCUUCUGCUGCUACCACUGUCACCUCAAAGGCAACAGCCAGCUGGCCAGAGUCGCCCUCCUCUGCAGAUUCUGCAUCUUCAGCAAAGAAAAAACCCCUCUUUAUUACAACUGACUCCUCCAAACUGGUGUCUGGGGUUCUGGGCUCGGCUCUCGGCACUGGGGGCCCGAGCCUCUCUGCCAUGGGGAAUGGCCGCUCCAGCUCGCCCACCCACAGCCUCACCCAACCUAUUGAGAUGCCUACUCUCUCCUCUAGUCCCACAGAAGAGAGGCCAACUGUGGGGCCUGGCCAGCAGGACAAUCCUCUCCUCAAAACCUUCAGUACCGUCUUUGGCAGGCACUCAGGCGGCUUUCUGACCUCCCCAGCAGAGUUUGCACCGGAGAACAGAGCUCCUUUUGAAGCUGUAAAAAGGUUCUCAUUGGACGAGCGAAGCUUGGCUUGUAGACAGGAUUCGGACUCCAGCACCAACAGUGACCUGUCAGAUCUGAGCGACUCAGAGGAGCAGCUGCAGGCCAAGAGUGGCCUGAAGGGGAUUCCAGAGCACCUGAUGGGGAAGCUAGGCCCCAACGGGGAACGUAGCGCCGAGCUGCUACUGGGCAAGGGCAAAGGGAAGCAGGCCCCAAAAGGCCGGCCCCGGACUGCUCCCCUGAAAGUUGGCCAGUCAGUGCUGAAGGACGUGAGUAAGGUGAGGAAGUUGAAGCAGUCUGGAGAGCCCUUUCUUCAGGACGGCUCAUGCAUCAACGUGGCGCCUCACCUGCACAAGUGCCGCGAGUGCCGCCUGGAGAGGUACCGCAAGUUCAAAGAACAGGAGCAAGACGAUUCCACUGUCGCCUGCCGCUUCUUCCACUUCCGGAGGUUGGUCUUCACUCGGAAGGGGGUGCUCCGUGUGGAGGGAUUUCUGAGCCCCCAGCAGAGUGACCCGGAUGCCAUGAACCUGUGGAUCCCCUCUUCCUCCCUAGCAGAAGGGAUAGACCUAGAAACCUCAAAAUACAUCUUGGCCAAUGUUGGGGACCAGUUCUGCCAGCUUGUAAUGUCUGAGAAGGAGGCCAUGAUGAUGGUGGAACCACACCAGAAAGUAGCAUGGAAGCGAGCAGUGCGUGGUGUUCGGGAGAUGUGUGAUGUGUGUGAGACAACUCUCUUCAACAUCCACUGGGUUUGUCGAAAAUGUGGAUUUGGGGUCUGCCUUGACUGUUACCGGCUCAGGAAAAGCCGUCCAAGGAGUGAUACAUACUCAAAUUAUUUGUUUCCCAUGGUUCCUUCUUCGGAGAUCCAGUAUAACAAGACAGAAGAAAUGGGCGAUGAAGAAGUUUUCUCCUGGCUAAAGUGUGCAAAGGGGCAGUCCCACGAACCAGAAAACCUCAUGCCUACACAGAUCAUCCCUGGCACAGCACUUUACAAUAUUGGAGACAUGGUACAUGCUGCCCGGGGGAAGUGGGGGAUCAAAGCAAACUGCCCUUGUAUAAGUCGGCAAAGCAAAUCUGUGUUGAGACCUGCUGUCACCAAUGGGAUAUCACAGCUUCCCAGUGUAACCCCUAGUGCCUCUUCUGGAAACGAAACUACCUUCUCAAGCGGAGGCGGAACUGCAGCGAUAACAAAUCCAGAGCCGGACCAAGUUCCCAAAGGUGCUGGCCCUGACGGCAGACCUGAGGAGCCCCUAAAAGCAGAAGGUUCUGCAUCAAAUAGCAAUAGUGAACUAAAAGCCAUCAGGCCCCCGUGCCCUGACACAGCCCCUCCUUCCUCUGCUCUGCAUUGGUUGGCGGACUUAGCAACUCAGAAGGCUAAAGAAGAAACAAAAGAUGCAGGGUCCCUGAGGUCGGUGCUCAAUAAAGAGUCUCAUUCACCCUUUGGGCUGGACUCAUUCAACUCCACUGCAAAAGUCUCUCCAUUGACUCCAAAGCUUUUUAACAGUCUGUUACUGGGUCCCACUGCCUCCAACAGCAAAACUGAGGGUUCAAGUCUUCGAGACCUCCUUCACUCGGGGCCCGGAAAGCUUCCUCAACCCCCCCUGGACACAGGCAUACCCUUUCCCCCUGUUUUCUCUUCAUCCUCAGCAGGAGCGAAGAGCAAAGCCAGCCUGCCCAACUUUCUCGACCACAUCAUUGCCUCGGUGGUAGAAAACAAGAAGACCUCAGAUUCUUCAAAGCGGUCCUGUACCCUGACCGAUACCCAGAAGGAGGUGAAGGAGAUGGCCAUGGGGCUGAAUGUGCUGGACCCCCACACAUCUCACUCCUGGCUCUGUGACGGGAGGCUUCUGUGCCUCCAUGACCCCAGCAACAAAAACAACUGGAAGAUUUUCCGAGAGUGUUGGAAGCAAGGCCAGCCAGUGCUAGUUUCAGGGGUACAUAAAAAGCUCAAGUCUGAACUCUGGAAGCCGGAAGCCUUUAGCCAGGAAUUUGGAGACCAGGAUGUAGACUUGGUGAACUGCAGGAACUGUGCUAUAAUAUCCGAUGUUAAAGUUCGAGAUUUCUGGGAUGGCUUUGAGAUUAUAUGCAAGAGACUACGGUCAGAAGAUGGGCAGCCAAUGGUGCUCAAACUCAAAGACUGGCCCCCUGGGGAAGAUUUUCGAGACAUGAUGCCUACCAGGUUUGAAGAUCUGAUGGAGAAUCUUCCUCUGCCAGAAUAUACCAAACGAGAUGGUAGGCUCAAUCUGGCCUCCAGGCUGCCCAGCUACUUUGUAAGGCCUGACCUGGGCCCCAAGAUGUACAACGCCUACGGUUUGAUAACAGCAGAAGAUAGAAGAGUUGGUACAACGAAUCUUCAUUUAGAUGUGUCCGAUGCUGUUAAUGUGAUGGUGUAUGUUGGGAUCCCUAUCGGGGAGGGUGCUCACGAUGAAGAAGUACUCAAAACGAUUGAUGAAGGAGAUGCUGAUGAGGUCACCAAGCAAAGGAUUCAUGAUGGCAAAGAGAAGCCAGGAGCUUUAUGGCACAUUUAUGCAGCGAAGGAUGCAGAGAAGAUUCGAGAACUACUCCGGAAGGUUGGAGAAGAACAAGGCCAAGAGAAUCCUCCAGAUCACGACCCAAUUCAUGACCAAAGUUGGUAUCUGGACCAGAUCCUCCGAAAGCGACUCUUUGAAGAGUAUGGUGUGCAAGGCUGGGCCAUUGUGCAAUUCCUGGGUGACGCUGUCUUCAUACCUGCUGGAGCCCCGCACCAGGUUCACAAUCUGUACAGUUGCAUAAAGGUAGCAGAAGACUUUGUAUCUCCAGAGCACGUGAAGCACUGUUUCCGCCUGACUCAGGAAUUCAGGCAUCUCUCCAACACUCACACCAAUCAUGAGGAUAAGCUACAGGUGAAGAACAUCAUCUACCACGCAGUGAAAGAUGCUGUUGGCACUCUGAAGGCCCACGAAUCCAAGCUGGCCAGGUCUUAAAGCGUGGGAACUUCCGCUCUCUGUCAAGCAGGCCUUUCACAACACUUACCAGGGAACGGCAGGGUUCUCUGCAGGAGCAGAGGCCCCUCCCCAAGCAGUGUGGUCAGUAUUACAGACUCUGCCACUCUUUCUAUGCUGCCUCAACACUGAAGGUUGACACAAGGAAGUCGCACUGUUCACACAGUCUCAGACUCAAAGCCGAGGGUGCCACAUUCCCAUCCAGUGGCCUUUUGGGAAUCCAGGUUGCUUUAACAUCACUGGGCUCUCCUGCACAUUCUCCUGGUUUGAGUCCAUGGAAACCAGGAAUGUGGGCACACCUUCCUUUUCUGUUCCUCUUGUGCCUCACUAACUAGGAAUGUGUUUGGAGGAAGUCAUAACUGGUAAAGUAAGGUGAUGACUUAAUGUGCCUGGUGGAAACCUGGCAGUGUCUCCACACAUGACCUCUGACCUGGCCCAUCCUAGGAGAUGGGGGUGCAGCCCUUCCCGUACUCUCCAUGAACACUGGAGUCUUCAGGACCCAGGGAGAGCCCACUGCUUUCCCCAGGAAGCUCCAGGAUUAGGAAACGUGUAUUUAGUGAAAAAUAGGUUUGUAGUGAAAUAGUUACUAUUUCAUGAAAGUAGAUAUUUUUAGAACUUUUGAAAUAACAGUUGUUUUCCUGGACUAUGAGGAAAGGCACAUUACAUUUAGUCUUCCUUUCAAUAAAACUCUUUGAAAAGAAAUAUGAUUUUUAGAAAUCAGCUGCCCCUUAUAGCACAAAAUCAGCCAAAGCGUAAUUUAAAAGAAUUGGCUUUUUAUUAGAGUAUUUUUAGUUUCUACCCGUCCUUCUCAGUCUUAUCUUGAGGGAGCAGUCAUCUGAGAAAGAACUGCGUCAUGUCUGAGCUGCGGAGUGUUCCCUGCGCGCACUGCUGACCCCAGGAGCUGUGUCACCGAUUACCAGCGUUCCCCUGGGACUCCUCGUAUGUGUUCAAAUGGGGUGGAAAGUGUGAUCUCCAAUAUAAAGAAGUUUUGCUUUUGUUUUUUGGAGUUUUGUCUAGAAUAUUUUCAGCAAAACUUUCCAACUCAGUGGAGUUUUUAUUAAGAAUUUACUUGGAAAUGAUGGAAUUCAUUGGCCCGUAGGUACAUUGGAAAAUGUGCCUCUUUCCAGGUGUGCUACCCGGCAGCCUUGUUUAUAUGUUCACACUUACUUUCUUUGUUUUUUUUUUUUUUUUUAAAUAAAAGUCAUUUAUUGUAGAAUACUUUUAAUUUCACUUUCUGUAUUUUAAUUUUAUUGAAGGGCUGAUUGGGAUUUCCAUGUUCUUAAUAAAAAUCUAACAAAUCA